UCCCGUGACCUUCCUGAACAAACAGUGCGACCAAUGUUCUUGUUUACACUUAAAACCUCCAUACCCGAAUUCAAUUCAUAGCGAGACACCUGAAGAAAGCAAGCAGCAACAACGUUGUCUUCCACUCUAUUUGGGUAUUAUCCCCACAAUUAACGAGGCUUUAAUCACUAGCGAUUUGAAGGAAGUUGGUGCUUUUGUGAUACUGCAAAAAUGCUGGGUGGCCCUGGGCUUGAAUCUGUUGUUGACCAACUCAUUUCAGUCAUCACAAAUGAUGGACGAAACAUAGUGGGUAUUCUCAAAGGUUUUGAUCAGGCAACGAACAUAAUUCUGGAUGAAUCGCAUGAACGAGUUUAUUCGACAAAGGAAGGAGUUCAACAACUUGUUUUGGGUCUUUACAUCAUAAGGGGUGAUAACAUAAGCAUUAUUGGGGAGCUAGAUGAAGAACUUGACGCAAGCUUGGAUUUGUCGGAAGUGAGAGCUCAUCCUCUGAAGCCUGUUAUUCAUUAAUGAGCUACAUGGUAUGCUGCUGCGUAAUUGCAAUGGUGUUUUUUAAAGGAAGUAAAUGAUUUACUUGAGAAAACGUUAUUGGAUUUAUCGGCUUGAAAACUUAUAUGUCUUGGUGUGGAUUCUUUUAGCUUUUAGUUGAAAUUGGACUGUGUACUAGAACUUCUUUAUAUGUUCUAAGGAUGCUAAAGAAUUCAUGUGCUGAUCUUUUGUCUUC